AUGGGGCCAUCAGCCGCUCUUCCCCAGUCCUUCUCUCCUUGGCCCUCUCCAGUCCUUCCCUGGCCUCUCGGGCCCGCUCAGCGCCAUAUGCUAAGCUCCCUCCUCCAGCUCUGCUCUCCCGCCGGUUCCAGCCCGAGUCACCGUGCCUUUCUCUCGGGCCCCUCUCCUCUCCCGCACGCCCUCGCGUUCGUGCCGGCGAGACUCGUGUCUCUCUCCACCUCGCCGUGCUCGUCUCUCGCUGCCACUGCCUCUCUGGCGACGGUUCCCAUGCUUCUCCCCUCCCUUGCUGCCGACGAUCUCCGGGCGAGCGCCUGUCUCCGCCGCCUUCUCCUCCCCGCUGCUGCCGGACGAGAGGCGAGCGGAAUCCGCCGCUCACCCUCCUCUCCCAUUGCGCUUGCGGGCCGAACGUCCGUGCCUCCCCGCCGCGCCCCUCUUGCCGCUGGCCGCGCCUCUCUGACGAACUGGGCCCCUCCUCGCGUCCUUCUUCCCGCCGCCAGUGGUGGCUGGCUGCGCGUGGCUCGCCCUCCCAUCCUCCAUUGUGCAUCAACUGCCUGUCCGGCGAUCGUGCGCCGUCUUCGCCCCAGCCCCCUUGUGCCUGGCGCCAGUCGAGUGCGCGAGGGUUAA